UAUUCGAUUCGAUUCGACCGCCCCCGCCCCGCCCAUUAAUUUCUUCAUUCUCAUCAGCAUCUCGAUCGAUCCAUCGGCAGCUGGCCGGCAUCAAGCUCUUAACUUAAUUAGCUAGCUAGUCUCUCCCUCCCUCCACCGCAUAUCCAUCCCCCACCAGUUGUAGCAGUAGCUAGCUCCAAGAGCUUCUUGUCCAUGAAUUGUUGAUCUCGAUCGAUCGAUCUCUGCUGCCUGCUAGCUAAUGAAUAAACAAUAGCUAGGCUAUAUAUAUAUAUAUAUAUAUAUAUAUAUAUAUAUAUAUAUCGAUCGACCAUGUCGUCGUGGAUGCAGCACAGGCGGCGGUCGUGGACGGCGCGGUUGCUGUCCUCCGCGUCGCUCCCGCCGGUGCGCCUGCUCGUCUUCUUCGCCAUCGUCAUCUUCUUCCUCUCCGUCUCCUCCUACGUCGACUACAAGGCCAUCGAGCGCCGUGCGGAGAUCGGCCUCCGCGUCUUCGCCGCCCCGCUCGCCGCCGUCACCAUCUUCCUCCUCUUUCUCGUCCUCCAGCAUCGACGCCGCUACUGGACGCUGCGCCGCCAAGUACACCACCACCAUGCAUAUGCUGAUCAGGCCGAGGCUGCAGGGAGCGGGUCGCCGUGGGUUGUGGCGCUGCUGCUGCUGCUGUUGCUGCUCAUGCUCUCCUUCCAAUCCUCUGUCCAUUCCAUCUGGUUCAGGCCUCUCUGGGAUUCUGCUGAUUACUAGUAGUAACUAGCUACCUACUUCUACGGUUCUACUCCACCUUGCAGCUAUAAUUUACUCAUCUACCUACCUAGCAUAUACUAUAUAUUAUCUAUCUAUACAUACAGGAAUUAAUCCAUCCAUAUGUAAUACGCUGUCUCUUAUUUGAUCUCUAGCUCGUAUAUACUCCAUCUGUUACACAAUGUAUGCAUGUAUGAUACAACUUAUGUUCCCGUCUUGAUACAAUAGCAAUAUAUUACUACUAGAAGGAUUAAUUGCA